AUGUGUAACGUUUGCUCUCAACGCGUUACUCAACUAAAUGUAGCAACUAGAUCGACUGUAACGUCCAAGUUGAAUAAAUCACAAAAGGAGGCAAUAAUGGAGGCCAUUAGGGGAGUACAACGUGAGCACAAGUCUAAUGUAAAACUCAUAUGGGGUCCUCCAGGGACUGGGAUGAUGAGGACUUUAAGUGUAACGCCACUUUGUCUCAUGCAAAUGAAUGCUAGAACAUGUGCCCCAACAAAUGCAGCAGUCCCAGAUCUGGCCACUCAAGUGGUAAAAUUAUCCAGGGAUUCAUUUAAAGCUGAAUACAAGAAUGGAAUUUCAUCUUAUCCAUUGGGUGACAUCCUAGUCUUUGGGAAUAAGGAUCAUACGGAACUUUGGGAAUAA